GUUUGAAAGCAAAAGAAGUCAGCGUCUCUCUCCUUCCCUUGGCCUCCAAACCUCCACGUUUCAAAUCCAACUCUCUGCACACGUGUCAGCAACCCCACUGCUCAAAACUCUCUCCCCCUGAGCUCAAAACUCGGCAAUGGCAGAUGGCAUAUCUUCACUCCUCGCUCGCACCCCACCGUCUGAAAAAGCUCAUCAUUCUCCCGUUAUUCCCAAAUCCAAAACCCACGAUUUCAACCCAAAGACUCGAUCUUUUCCGACCCAUGAGUUCCUCCUCCAGCUCCAAACCCGAAUCGCCCGCCCCGGUCUCCCAGGUUCCGGGUCUGGACCCGGUGGAAAUGGAGCAAGUUGCGGACCAAACGCUGCAGAGGUACUCGGCUUCCUCCUCUGCCAAGAGAAACGGCAGAGGUGUGGCCGUCGUUUGGUUCAGGAACGACCUCAGAGUGCUGGACAAUGAGGCUCUUUACAAAGCUUGGGUUUCGUCCCAGGAGGUUCUGGCUGUCUAUUGUGUUGAUCCUAGGAUUUUUGGUUCUACCCAUUACUUUGGCUUUCCCAAAACUGGAGCGUUGAGAGCACAGUUUCUGAUCGAGUGUUUGGCCGACUUGAAGAAGAAUUUAAUGAAGCGGGGUCUUAACUUGCUCAUUCAACAUGGGAAGCCCGAGGAGAUUCUCCCUGAUCUUGCAAAAGCUUUUGGAGCUCACACAGUAUAUGCCCAAAAAGAAACUUGCAGUGAGGAGCUAAAUGUCGAAAGAUUGGUCAGCAAAGGUUUGCAACGAGUGGUGUUGCCAUCAUCUUCGGUGCAAUCCUCUAAGCCCGGUUCUGUAAACAAUCCUAGGUUACAACUUAUUUGGGGCACCACUAUGUACCAUAUAGAGGACCUCCCUUUUGAUACCAGCAGCCUACCGGACGUGUAUACUCAAUUUCGCAAGUCUGUUGAAGCCAAAUGCACGGUUCGUGGCUGCAUCAAAAUUCCAGCUUCUCUUGGUCCACCCCCUAGUGUUGAAGACUGGGGAUGUGUUCCUUCAUUAGAUCAGUUUGGACUUCAAUCUUCAAUUGUAAGUAAAGGAAUGAAGUUUGUCGGGGGCGAAAGUGCCGCAUUGGGCAGAGUGCACGAGUAUUUCUGGAAGAAGGAUUUGGUAAAGCUAUAUAAACACACCAGAAACGGAAUGUUAGGACCUGAUUAUUCAACAAAAUUUUCUCCAUGGCUUGCUUCAGGAAGCCUUUCUCCCCGUUUCAUAUAUGAAGAGGUAAAGAGGUAUGAAAAAGAAAGGGAAGCAAAUGAUUCCACAUACUGGGUAUUGUUUGAACUGAUAUGGAGGGAUUACUUCAGGUUUCUAUCAGCAAAAUGCGGGAAUUCCCUUUUCCAUUUAGGUGGCCCGAGAAAGGUGGAGCAUAGAUGGAGCCAGGAAAAGACUUUAUUUGAAUCCUGGAGAGAUGGUCAUACGGGGUAUCCACUUAUAGACGCUAAUAUGAAAGAGCUGUCAACCACUGGAUUCAUGUCAAAUCGAGGAAGGCAGAUUGUAUGUUCCUUUCUAGUUCGUGAUAUGGGCAUUGACUGGCGCAUGGGAGCUGAAUGGUUCGAGACAUGUCUUUUGGAUUAUGACCCUUGUUCCAAUUAUGGGAAUUGGACCUAUGGCGCAGGUGUUGGAAAUGACCCCAGAGAAGAUCGUUACUUCAGUAUUCCGAAACAAGCGCAGAAUUAUGAUCCUGAUGGCGAGUAUGUGGCAUAUUGGCUUCCGCAAUUACGGUCGCUUCCGAAAGAUAAACGGAACUUUCCCGGAAUGGCAUAUAUCAAGCCGGUUGUACCUCUCAAGUUUGGAAAUGCCAGUAGUAGGCACCAAAACCAGGACAGGGGCUCGGCUGCUAGACGAGCAAAUUUUGGAGGAAGACAGCCACGGGGGCAAAGGAGAUAAACCUGGGAAGAAGAAAAUAAAAUAAUAAUAAUAAUAAAUAAAUAAAUAAAUAAACUAUGUAACACUUUAUCCAGUUGGAAAUAGAGAAUUUAGGAAAAUUUCAGAAUUCUCUAUCUCACAAACUUCGAAAUACUUUCUUCCUCUUCAUAAACGAUAUUCGAUUUUUUAUACACUUAUAUUGGGAGAGGAGAAUUCGAAAGCAUGAUUCUCGGUAUCUGUAAACGGUCUUAAUUUCUUUACAAUGAUAUUCUACUUUAUAUUAA